AUUGAAGACAACAAAUCGAGACUUAGCAGAAGAGGGAGACAGGUGUGGCCCAAUACACGAAAUAUUAAUUUAAUUCCUUUUGCAUUUGAAUUAUCAGUCCCUUUAAUAGUACUAGAUUAUCUGAAUACACAAGAACACGCCUGGAAUAUAGAAAUAGGAUUGUAUGUUAGUCCAGAUCUGCGUUAUUGCCACAUUGCCGUCACGAAGCAGAGAGCAGAUAGGGAUUUCCUCGAGGAAUUGCAGCAGCGGAGGUGAUGGGGAAGAUAUGAUCGAGACACAACUGGAUUUCUUUUCUGAUUUGCUUUGAAAGGAGAAUGGCAAGUGUUAAGAUCCCUGAACAGAAAAUAAUACUGUGUGGAGAAUAUGGUGUAGGAAAAAGCUCCCUCUUCCGACGGUAUGCAACGAACACAUUUGUCACAGCAACUGACAGAAAGUCUACUUUAGGUCUAGAUCACUAUGAAAAAGUUUACCGCACUGGAGAUAGGGAAGUUAAGCUCCAACUAUGGGACACAGGCGGCAUGGAGAGAGUAGCAAGUAUAACAUCUUCUUACUACAAGUUUGCAGAGGGAGCUAUUCUUGUCUUUGCUCUGGAUAACCCCGACUCCUUCAACAUCCUGUCUCAGCAUCUCUUAGAUAUUGUAACAUAUGCUGAGAAUGCAAAGAUAUUCCUCUGUGGAAACAAGUAUGAUCUAAAGAGUCAAAUCCAAGUCACAGAUGCAGAUAUGGAGAACUUUUGUGAACAGUGUCACAAUCUCAUAUCUGGCAUCUUCAAGACUUCUUGUAAAACUGGUGCAGGUGUGGAAGAAAUGUUUGCUGAAAUAGCAAGACAACUAAGUGACUCCAACCGGUCCCGGAAGGAGUUGGAGACAAUGAACAAAGAUUCCUUCAAAGUGACACCACCAGAAGGGGAACCAGAGGAAUCGUGUUUAUGUUGAGUGUGGAAAAUCUCAGCUGUGAUUAUGCCAUGCAACCGUCUACUUUCCCAGGAAGAGCACCAUUUUCCUUGUCUUGCCAUGACCCAGAAACUUCCACAUUUUUUAUCUGGAAGUGGUUAAGGUAGACGAGCAAUAUUCAAGUAGUUACCUUGGCAGUAGUCUCAUGUUUUUAUUAUGGAAGAUUGACACGACUUGUGAAUUUCUGUGUUCAGCAUGUCUUGGAUCAUUUUUUCCCCAUGAAUGGAUCAUUUACAGAAUAACAGAGCUUUAACUUAGAGAACUUAGUUGUUGUUUUUAAUAAUAUUUAUAUACAGUGACCCACACAGCUUUUUAAGUAUGUCAUUGCAAGAUCAUGUAUUUUUGAACAAAAAAUAUUAAAAGGGUGAUGUAGCCUGAAUGAUAUGGUAGCUUUGUUAGUGUGAAUGGAUUUAGGUUUUGUUAAAAUUGCUUAACAUGGUAUGUAAUCAGUCCUUUAGAAUACAGUGACUUGUAUGAGAAAUUUGGCGGAGAUACCUGUCUUGUUUCUAGGGUGUUGGGUAUAUAUGAAUGGAAUAUAAGAGAACAAGAGGGUGAAAUAGCAUAUCUUGUAAAUCAGAAAAGAGAUGUGGGUACCAAAUUCAAGUUAUAAUUGUUAUUUCAUUAGAUGAAUUUUCCAGAAUAUUAGGGUCUGAAAAUGAAUUUAAUGUAUGUAAGGAUUUAUGCUUUCAACUUACUAAGUGUCUUAGAAGUUGUUUUGAAAUUAUAUAUGAUUCCCUCUAAACACUAACAACUACUGUAUUAAUCAGAUAAUGAAUUUUUAACAACAGGAAAAUGGAGAAGUUGAGACAAAAAAUCACAAAAAUUACAUUUAAGACAAAAUACUUUUCUCCAUCUCAUUUUGGGAUGGAAAGGGUAGCAAAUGACAACAUUUUAUGUCUUAUCAACACUUAUGUUGAGGUCAUAAUGAUGUUAGUGAACAUAAGAUUUUUAUUAGAAUCCUGAAGUCCUGAUAUUUUGAUAACGUUUUUGUUAAACAUAAUUGAAAAAUAUUUCUUGUGAUAAUGGUUCUGUCUUGUGAUGAUUCUCUUGUCUUCAUUUUGAGCAGCAUGUAUUUAUCUCUGAAAAAUAUCAUUUAUGUUUCUCUGUUCAAAUAAUAUAGUAAUUUAUUAUAAAAAAAAACCUUUGUAUUUUAUGACAGGUAUUAUAAUGUCUACCUUAUUGUUGAUUCCCUUUCUUCUAUCAUAUUGACAUUAUGGAAUUCAGCUAAGUGCAGGAAAGUGUUCUCUAUCAACAGAUACAUUUUCUUAUCAUUCAACAUGGCAAAGUGCAUAGGAGGAAGCUUAGAAUCACACUUAACAGUUAUACCUAAAAUCAGAAAUUGGUGUAGAUAUGAUGCAUGUGAAU